GAGAGAGAGAGAGAGGGAGAGAGAGAGAGAGAGAGAGAGGGAGAGGGAGAGGGAGAGAGCACUGGUUGGACUGGUUUUCUUCCACUUUCAUCCUCUCCUCUCUUCGGCUCGGCUGGCUGUUGUGCUCCAGGGGGGGUAACAGACAGGCAGGCAGGCAGGCAGCCCUAACCCUCAACAGAGAUCCAGAUAACAGAGGACGACGAGAACGAGAAGAAGCGUGCAGCAGGCAAGCAAGCAGGCAAGCAAGCGGACUUAACAAGGCUCAGUGGUCGCGUGUGCUGCGUAUGUGUGGAGGUCCGGACUGGAGGUCUGCCCUGCUGUCCGUGGUGGAGAGGGAGUAGAGCCGAAGAGAGGAGGGGGCUUUGGUGGUGGUGGUGGUGGGGGUAGUGGUGGUGUGUGGAAGCGGGGGUGCUGCUGGAUGGACCAGAGCGGAGAUGAGCCGUGCCUAGAGGGGGUGAGAUCAGCUGUUUGUCUGAGCGUAGCAUGAUCGGCGGCACGCUCCCAACAACAGGAGCAGCAGCAACAGCAACUGCAGCAGCAGCAGCAACUGCAGCAGCAGCAACAGCAGCAGCAGCAGCGGCAACAGUCAUGUGCGCUAGCCAAACCCGGCUAUGCUGCUAACCACUGCCUAAGUGGUAUGUGCCCUUCUUGUUCUUUUUUUUCUGCCUGUAGCUGUUGUUGGGUGGACACCAUCUUCUUUUUUGGUGGGAAACAAAAGUUAGUUAACCACCACUUGACCACACCUGGAGAAUUGGAUACACUAACUAACCUAACUGAACUUCAUUGACUUCAUUGAUUUCAGAAUCCAGGAUAUUUACUUCCACCAAAGGGGGAUUUUUUUUCCUUUGCUCUUUUGAGGAAUGCAGAAGAAGAAUUCCACAAAGGAGAUUCCAGAACCCAGAACUCCCUAAAGGAAAGCGUUCCAGGACCGUGGUGGUGGUUACUUACAAGGGAGUUUGGUUGGAACAAGCUGUGGAAGGAACUGCACCAGAGAGAGUAGAGAGAGAGAGGUUCCAUUGGCCCAUUGUUUCCGGGUUCUAUUAUUGCAAGGGGGAGGGGGGAAAAUCCCCCUUUAGGCAGACCUAGGCAGACCUAAGGACUGUUCUAUUCAAUGCUAGGAGUAUUAUGACACGCCCCUUUAGGCAGACCGGAACCUGGUCAUGUUAGGUGCCCAUAGCAACCUAUUACAUUGGCAUAUCUCUAUACACUUAAAGAAUCUCUGACUGUACUGUAUGUCUGUACUGCUGGUGCAAUGCUGAGUUGUCAAAGAUGGCCCCGGUUGUGCUCCUCUGCUCCUCUGCAAUGUUCAAGAGUCUUUAGUGGCAGAGCCACUAUGGGAAAUCUCUACCUUGUCAAGCAUUGACAUAAAGAGUCAGUUAUUGCAACUGACUUAAAGACCUGCUUUAAUUUUGAGCCAACAUGGCAGGCCUUUACACUGCUAAGCAUUGACUACAAGAGUCAGUUAUUGCAACUGUCUUUAAAGACUCACUUUAACUUGGAUCCAAGAUGGCAGUUCAUUACACUGCAGAGCAUUGACUACAAGAGUCAGUAGUUUGCAACUGGCUCAAAGACCCUGGCUGUGAACUUAGAUACAAGAUGGCGGCUUCUGAAGGAGCAAUUGGGAACGUCGGUGGCGAUGCGCGUUGUUGGGAAUUGGUGCUGGAACACCUGAGAGACUGGGGACUUCGACAAACGGAAUUAUGAUCUAUGAUUUAAACAGUUCUUUAACCAUGUUCUUGCGAUGGCAUUCGUUCCUUCCUCCUUACUGACGCCUACAUCCGCCACUUGAAAGACAGACUUCCUUUUGAGGAAUAUCAAGCCAGGGGCUUUGCAGCAUCAAGCAUCAACAUGUGUCCACUGGAGGAUUUUGUAUGCAAAUGUGAUCGUCUGUGUGUACCGCAAUUCAAACACAGGGAACAACCAGAUAAACCGUAGUGUACUCCUUACUCAUAACACCUUGACUUCGUAAAGUGCAGCAGUGGGCAUUUGCUGUACUGCGUAAAGGGGCGAGGGGGUUGAGUCUGUUGACGUAUACAUAGACAGACACACAAACACAAACACACACACACACACCUGUGUGUGUCAGCAAUGUGUGUGUCCUGAGGGAACAUUUCGGGCCACAAACUGUCGUGACCCCCCCCCGCCCACCAUUUCAACUCUACCACAGUUCAGUUCAGGUAGUGAGUUACAACACACACACACACACAAUCACACUCACACACACACACACAGGACCGUUUGUGUGUGUGUGUCUGUGUGUGUGUGUGUGUGGGUGUGUGUCCACCCACCCGUUAGCGUGUGGCUGGGUGUGUGUGUAAGAGAUGUGUGAGAUGUGGACGCAGCAGCGUCGCGUCUCCAGCUGCCCGGCGCCGGUGGGCAUGCGCUGGUGCUUCGAGUUCCCGGUGGGGGUGGACUGUAGCGGGCCGGAGCCCUGCUGCAUCUGGCUCGCCGCCCUGCGCUCCGGACGGCUCCCCAAGAGGGACACACUGCACCGGCGAUACUACUGGGCUAAAGGGCGGAGAGAUGGUGUUUCAUCGGCCAAUGAGAGGGCGCGGCCACUGUCGGGGGAGGGGCUGGCGUGCGUGGGGCCGCGGACGGUGCUGCUGCAGAAGAACUCUCAGGGGUUCGGCUUCACGCUGAGGCACUUCAUCGUCUACCCGCCCGAGUCCGCCCUCCAACACCCCAGCCUCAAGGAUGAGGAGAAUGGCAAUGGAAAAGGGUGCCCGCGUGGUGGUCGUCUGGAGCCCAUGGACACCAUCUUUGUGAAGAGUGUGCGGGAGCAGGGGCCUGCUCACCAGGCCGGACUCUGCACAGGCGACAGGCUGGUGAAGGUGAAUGGGGAGAGUGUGCUGGGGAAGACCUACUCCCAGGUCAUCGCCCUCAUCCAGAACAGUGACAGUGUGCUGGAGCUCUCCAUCAUGCCUAAAAAUGAGGACGUGUUGCAGUUGGCAUACUCCCAGGACGCCUACCUGAAGGGGAACGACCCGUACACAGGCGGCGCCGAGCACCUUCCGGAACCGCCCCCCAUCUGCUACCCGGGCCGCAAGGGCUCUCUGGUACCGGCACCGCCCCCAGAGAACCAGGCCCAGGGCCAGUUCCAGCCCCAGCCCCAACCCCAGCCCAACCACACCCCGCAGGCGGGUCAGAACCACACUGGGCUGGACAACCUGAACUGCCGGGCCGCUACUGCCACUGCCACUGCCAACAGCACCACUGGGUCGACCCCAUUGGACAACCGCACGGCCGUGGGUGUAGUACCGCCUUUAAACAUAGGGGGCGACGUGGGGCAUCGCGGUGCUGCAGGUGGUGCAGAGGACACUUCUUCUUCCCCGGCGUUGGCCGUCAGUGUUGCCAGGCAACAGCAGCAUCCGCCCCCGCCACCCACCACCGCCGCCAUCCCCAGCUUGGCAUCGGCCCACCAGCUCAGCGGCAGCCAACACCACCUGCACCACCACCACCAGCCCUACAGGGGGCGCUCCUCCUCCUCCUCGGCGGGAGGGGGCAGCAGCGGCGCGUCGGCCAUCAGCCCGCUGGACUUCCACUUCGCCAACCACAACGCCGCCAUCGCCUCGGCCUCCAUCUCGGCGCUGGCGUCCUCGUCGCUGCCCGCGCCCCGCCGGAAGGGCAGCCUGCCCGGCGCCCGCAGCGAAGUGUGCCACCGCGCCCUGUCCGACUGGUACUACAGCCAGGCGGCCAUGACGGGCACCGCCGGGUCAAGCGGCACCACCGCCGCCACCGCCACCACCACGGGGUCGCCGGGGGGAUCGGGCUCGUCGGCGGGGAUGCCGGUGUCGCCGCGCCACCGAAGCGUCUCGCAGGACCGGUUAGCGGACCUGGGGCUGUCGCUAGGCAACCACCACCACCACCACCACCACCACCACCACCAGCGGCGGCUGGGAGGGGGCGGGUGGGGCCACAGCGCGUCCCAAGACACCCUGCUGCUGCACUACGGAGCCGGCGGCGGGGGGGGGCACGGAGGGUCGUCGUCGUCUGGGGGGGGUCAGGACUCCUUCUGGCUGGGGGGCUGGGGAUCCGGAGGCCCCGCCAGCCGCUCCUGCUCCGAGAACCUGCUGGCGGCCGCGUACGAGGCCUACGACCAGGGCUACGAGCGCUCGCUAGAGGCCCUGGAGCAAGCCUCCGCGCUCAUCUCCCCCCGAUACGACCGCGCGCCCGCUUGGCCCCAUUACCACCCCCACCACCACCAACAACAGCAACAACACCACCACCACCAGCAGCAGCAGCAGCCAAUCAGGUCCGGCGACAACAGAACCGGGUCGGCCAAUCACCACAGGACACAGGCCAUCGCCGCCACGGUGCCGCCUCCCGGGCGAACGGGCCAAGCGCACCACCACCACUACCACCAGCAGCAGAAGCUGGCGCAGGUGGCACAGGCGCAGGCCAGGGGGCGCCACCAGCACCCGGGGGGAGCACAGAUGGCGUCGUCGCCGGCGGCGGGGGCGGGGUCAGCAGACGAUCAGACGGUGGGAUACCGCAGCUACAGCCCCUCCUUCUGCCGAAAGGCGGGACACCUCAUGCAGCAGUCGCACUCCUUCCGGGACCCCUCGUACACGGGCCCCCACCUCAACUGGGCCCCCACGCCGACGCGCACCAGCCCCCCUGAGGGCGCCGACAUCGGGGACGUCGCGCGCGCCCAGGCCAGCCCGUCGCCCCCCACCACCGUGGACUCACAGGAGUCAGGUACCGGGAGCUCGUCGGCCACUACUGCGGUCACUGCUGUCCUGGGCGGUGUCACCAGGAGGGGUUCUGGUUCUGGCCUGGUAGAGGAGCCGAUGGUGGCCCAGACAGUCUCGCAGGCGCAGUCACCUGCAACGCCCACCCAGACACAGGUCCAGGAGGUGGUUCUGCGACAGAAGCCCCCGGCUGGUCGGCGUAACGCCCAGGGCAUACGGCCGUACACACACUACGUGUUGCCUAGCGACGCCCACCCCGACAGCCCGCCCUCGCCCUCGGCUGUGGGCCGCCGCGCCCAGCCACAGCCCCACCGCAGGCCCAACGGCAGCCUGGGACCCCAGCCCUCCGAGCCCGACUCCCUCGCAUCCAUACCCUUCAUAGGCAACGCCAAGAACAGCCGUAGGUCCUCAUACCUGCUGGCCAUCACGACGGAACGCUCCAAGUCAUGUGACGAGGGCCUCAACACCUUCCGCGAGGAGAACCGCAUCUUCACGCGACUUCCCAAGAGAGUCAAGAGCUUCUUCACUGAUGGGUCUCUGGAGAGUCUGAGAGCGGCAGAGGAGGCCCGCUCUAAGCGCCACUCGACGUCCGAGCUGGGCAACCUGACGCUGACGGACAUCCGCAAGGAGGGAUGGCUACACUACAAGCAGAUACUCACAGAGAAGGGCAAGAAAGUGGGCGGCGGCAUACGUCCAUGGAAGCGCGUCUUCUCGGUGCUGCGCUCUCAUUCGCUGUUCCUCUACAAGGACAAGCGGGAGGCGGUGCUUCAUGGCGCGGGGGCGGGCAGCCACCACCACGGCGGAGGCUCCUCCCACGCCGAGGACGAGCAGCCAAUCAACAUCCGCGGCUGCCUGAUUGACAUCGCCUACAGCGAGACCAAGCGCAAACACUCGCUGCGUCUCACCACGCAGGACUUCUGCGAAUACCUGCUGCAGGCCGAGGACCGCGACGACAUGCUGGGCUGGAUACGCGUCAUACGCGAGAACAGCAAGACCGACAGUGAGGAUUUGGGUUUCUCUCGUCAGGCUCUGAUUAACAAGAAGUUGAAUGACUACCGGAAACAGAGUCCUACGGGCAGUAAGCCGGACACCUCGCCGCGCGUCCACCGCAUGAUGCCCCCCUUCCUGCUGUCCAAGACGGACAACACCUCAGGGACCACCCGCUCGCCUAAGACAGAUGGCAAAGACGAGAGCAGCCCCCCUAAGACCCCCUGGGGCAUCAACAUCAUGAAGAAGGGCAAGAAGACGGGCCCCAAAGCCUUCGGGGUGCGCCUGGAGGACUGUGUACCUGGGGCCAACAAUAAGUUUGUGCCGCUGAUCGUGGAGGUGUGCUGCAGCCUGGUGGAGGGUAUGGGGCUGGAGUACACGGGGGUGUACCGGGUGCCGGGCAACAACGCCAUGGUCUCCUCCCUACAGGAGCAGCUCAACAAGGGCCUGGAGAUCAACACCGCCGAGGAGAAAUGGCAGGACCUGAAUGUAAUCAGCAGUCUUCUCAAGUCCUUCUUCAGGAAACUUCCGGAGCCUUUGUUCACGGACGAUAAGUACAAUGACUUCAUCGAGGCCAACCGGCUGGACGAGACAGGAGACCGGCUCAAGACCAUUCGCAAGCUGAUCCAUGAUCUACCGGAUCACUACUACCACACCCUCAACUUCCUGGUUGGCCACUUGAAGACAGUGGCGGAUCACUCAGAGAAGAACAAGAUGGAGCCUCGUAACCUGGCGUUGGUGUUCGGCCCGACGCUGGUCCGCACCUCUGAGGACAACAUGACGGACAUGGUCACCCACAUGCCCGACCGCUACAAGAUCAUCGAGACACUCAUCCUGCAUCAUGCCUGGUUCUUCAGUGAUGAGCUGGAUAAGGAUGAGAAGACCCCGGAGGAGCAGAAGGACCAGCAGCCCAUCCCCAACAUCGACCACCUGCUGCCCAACAUCGGCAGGACCAUCCCCCUGGGUGACGCCUCAGAUUCCACCACCAGUGACUCUGUCAAAUCCAAGGACUCCCCGGCUUCAAAGAAGGACCUGAGCGCUAAGGACUUCCUCCCCCUCUCCAUCAUCUCCGCGGUGACCCGCAAGCGCAAGAAGAAGCCCCAGAGCAGCAGCAUCAGCAGCAGCAGCAUCACCCGUCCCCCCGGCAACAACAACAACAACAACAAGGACGACGACGACGACGACAGCAUCAGCACCGACGACGAGGACUCAGAGCACGAGCCAAUCAAAGCCGGCCACUACGGAGGCGGGAACAAGAAGGACAAGGCGCCGACUGCUGAGCAGGAGGAGGACGAUGAUGACGAAGAUGAAGACGAGGACGAUGAGGAACGUGAGGGAGAGGAGGAGGAGAAGGAGAAGAGGAGUAGGAGGAGGAGGAGGAGGAAGGGACGUGCCGUUGCUGGAGCAGAGAAACGACGAGCUCAGGAUGAACGAGAAGAAGAAGAAGGGAUGGAGAGGGAGGAAAAGAGGAGCGAGGGACAGCGUGGAGGAGGAGCAGGAGGAGGAACAAGGAAGCAGGAAGGAGGAGAAAGGAUGAGGGAGAUGAUGAACCAGAGAGGAGGACAAGGAGAGGAGGAGGAGGAGGGGAGGAAGGGAGGUCGGGUCCGAGCUACUGCAGCCUGGCAAGGGGAUGGCAGGCCCAUGGAGAAGGAGAGGAGGAAGGAGGAGGAGGAGGAGGAGGAGAAGGAAAAUGAGGAGGACAAAGGGAAGGGUGGAGGAGGAGGAGAAGGAGGAGGAGUGUCGGUGCCUCAAGCGCGUCCACCUCCUCCACGCAGCUUCCUCUACAGACACGCUCGUAGCUCUGCCAAAUCCACGACGACGUCUCCGUCUGCUGCCAACAUCAACAACACCGUUACCUCGCCCUCGACCCAGACUCCGACCUCACCCCUGUACUCGCCCUCCUCCUGCUCCGUUUUCCUCCCCUCCUCCCCUACGUCCCCCACUAGCCCCUUCAGCCAGCCUGGAGGUGAUCCGCCUCUGACCCGGAAGAAGCUGAGGCGGGGGGAGAGGGUGCGCCCCCACUCCAUGUACUCCGACUCGCGCAGCAGUAGCACCUCCAGCACCCCCAGGGUAGCGGACCAACAGGGUAGCGUCUCCAGCCCAGGUGGUGGUGGUGGUGGUAGUGUAGGUGGGGUGGGGAGCCCAACAACGGGAGGAGGGCCAUGGUGGGGUAUUCCCCGACAGCGUGGCGCCUCCAGCAGUAACACCACCCAGACGCCCACCCCCACCAUCAUCACCCGUGCCCCCGUCUUCGACUACGGCCCAGAGAGCAUCCGUGUCGCCGCCACCGCCACCGCCACCGCUGCUGUUCGCUCUCCUGAUUGGACGGAGCGAGCCGCCAUCUCCACCGCAGCGGCCGUUUCUCCGUCCGUGCCCAUCCCUGUCCCCGUGCCCUCAGGGCAGGUGGGGUGGGGCGGCGGGGUAGGUCGCCGCCCUCCGGUAUCCCCAGAGACGCGUCGGCGCAGGCGAGACUGGCGGCGCCACACGGUGGUGGUGGGUCUGUCGGGAGAAGGGUGAGGAGAAAAGAUGGCGGGCGAAGACGGAGACGCAGCAGGUGACCCAUCAGCACCACUACCGCCGCCAAGGAAGCAGAAGGCAACACCCCUCGCCACCAACACGUGUGUGUGUAUGCCACCCCCAGUGCCAAGCGCAAGUCAGAAACUGGUGAACAAGACGAAACAAACCCGUGGUAGGCCUCUUCCGAACUGCUCCACUUUACUCCACUCCUGACCCUCCUCAUAGCCGCCAACAACCUUCCCCCCGACGUCAGCUCAGCUGCUCAACACAGGCCCUGUUGUGGCCAUCCUAUCCCCCCCGCCUCGACACCCGUGACCCCUCCCCCUACCCCUUUCCCCAGCCCUGCGUGUCAGGAAGUGAGGCAAAAGGGGGCGCCAGUGGCAGCUACUGGAGCUCACACCAAAGCCAAAGGGCAGCCACCGCACCGGGAGCCAUUUUGUUUCUUAACCUUAACCCACAAGAAACAUAUCAGCACUGACUUCUUUUUUUAUUAUCGGCUGUGUAGGCUUACCCGAAUAAGAAUUAUGAUAAAUAAAACAGACAAAACACAGGGUGCUUACCGGAAUAAGACUUUUGAAAAAGAGAAAAUAAAGUAUAGAAAGAGGGUGCUUAACUGAAAUGUUUCAAAAAAGGAAAGAAAGAGGGGUGUCUAAUGGGGAAUACAUUUUACUUUGCUACUGUGUUCUCACGAGACUUGGACUGUGGAUCAAUGAUGGUGACCAGUUGCUGAUUACCAGUGUUAUAACUGCCUACGGUGUUGAAGUUUUGAACGGUUGAAACAAAAGGGGAUUUGUAUUGAGAAGCAAGGCUUCUAAAAACAUUACUCUAAAAGCCCCAAAAAGGUUUCCAAAUGCAGCCCCAAUGUACUCAUACAUCUUCGAUACUCUACAAACGUAUAAACCCAUUUGGAGUUUCUCCUCUUCAGGCCCUUGAGUCUGCUUUCCAAUAUUGACCUGGAAGUGAAUCUGGCAGUGUUGCCUUUGUCAACCCUAAUAUCCCUUUAAUGACUUACCAUGUUUGCCCCGUUUCUCUGUGUAGUUAUCUAUGUCCUUUGUGCAUGUACAUACGUGGGUGAUUGUGUGUGGACCAAUUUUUUUUGUAACAAUUGUACAAAAGCCUUGCUAAGUUAACCCCCUUUGUGUACAUAUGAUACAUAUAAUAUAUUAUAUUAUUUGUUUUUGAAUAUUUUCAACCGCUUUUGUUUGGAUUAAUGGGGUAUAACCUGCCCUCUUGAACUGUGUUUUAUUGUGUGGGUUAUUUUGUCUUCUUCAUAAACACACUCAUCAACUACACAUGAAUUCACAUUCUGAGAGUGAGAUGUUUCUACUCUACACAUUGCAUCAAUAGAAUCAUAAUCUGAAUAGCAAUGCAGACCUAUUAUUAUCAAUAUCAGAUAGGCAUAUCAAUCGGUUACCACCUAAACAUAACAUUCCUGCUAAAACAUUGCAGUUAUAGAUGUGUUGUCCAGUUGUAGGUAUAGCCUACACAACAUUCAAGAGGCAUACCCAUUUUGAUAUAUAUAUAUAUAUAUAACAAAAGAAAACGCACAAAUGCAUACACAGAGGGGCGCUAACAUUGAGGCCUGUUCUACGCACACAACACACACGCGCGCGCGCCCGGACCGCCUGUCGAUUGAAAUAGGCCUACCAUCAACGAUUCAACCUGAAUAUAUUUGCAUCGUUGUAAAAACAUUUAGAAAAAAUCUAUAGAGAUAUUGUACAUAAAAAAUAACAUCGAGUCUAUAUUUAUGCAUAGGCUGUGGUUGGGCUAAGCAGGCCUAGGCCUCUAUUCAUUAUGGCCAAUCUGCGCUCCCCCCGUAUCAAAAUACAUACCGGUAGGCUAUAAUGUAGCCAAGAAAUGUUGCAAUCGCUUAGGUUUACGUGGCCCCAACAGGUGCCGUGAGUUGCACACCAUUUUAUCAAUCUGUCAACCUGGUGAGUAAGGAGAUUCCAACAGCUUGAUAGCAGUCCAGCGUCGAGUUUGUUUUAUGACAGCUAUUUUCCAAAUGAAACUUACCUGUGAUCUACAGUUUUGGGGACCUGAAGUUACCGUGGUAAGUGCCAUCUAGUCUAGCCAAGGGAGCUGUUACAAAGAAGCGAGCCUUCAUGAUAAGACGACAGUAUGUCGUUGUGAGUGGGCGGUCGACUUCCUCAUCCGAAAGC